AUGAGCGCACAUUGGGAUGUUUAUUUCGACGAGACUUCACCUAAAGAAUACCGCCUUUUAAGCUUUUAUCAGCAUCGUCAACAACAAGAGGAUUUCACUUUUUCAUUUCAAAAGGAAGCCAGCAGGCUCCGGAAGAGUUUAGAUCUCCUGGUAAAGGAGGUUUACUCUGAUAGGCAGUAUGAAAGACUUCCAGUAGUCCCGAGAAGGGGUAAAACUCACACAACUACGUAUGGGAGACUUUCAGUAGUCCCGAGAAGGGGUAAAACUCACACAACUACGGUGGGCAUCUUACGUGUUGCCCACCUUAUGGUCUUACGUAAUCAUCGAAGUAAGAACACGGAGAUCGAUCGACUCUGGAAUGAAGUUGAACGUGAAUCUCUGGAAAUAGAGCAUGCCAAGGAAAAAAAACAAUUGCAGUUGGACCAGUUGAAAAUAGCUCGUGUUAUGACAAAGGGAACUGAACAUGGCGUUGGAAAUAUUAUGGAAAACGUCAAUAUGGAGCUGGUCGAGUCAGCUACUUAUCUUAAAAGAAGACGAGACGUUGAUUACAAAGAAGAUCGAGAUGGGUACACUACGCCUUGUCCAAAAAGUUCAAUGGUGAAUAAUCCGGAGGACGAACCGAAACCAAAGAGACGGGCUAAGACUGAUGAUAA